GCCAUUGUGAGGGCGGUGGAGCGCCUCGAGGCCAGUCAGGGCGUGCGCGACCCGGCGCGCUCGCCCCUGCUGGAGGGCACGUGGGAGCUGCUCUACACCACGCGCCCUGGCACUGCCUCACCCAUCCAGAGGGCGUUUGUGGGAGUGGAUGCGUUCAAGGUGUACCAGCAGAUAUCCCUGCAGCCGCGCAGCACACGGGUCAACAACAUUGUUGUCUUUGGGGACUCCAUCGGCCGCCUCAAAGUCGAGGCGGAGGCAUCGGUGGCGUCGCCGUCGCGAGUGGCGUUCCGCUUUGACCGGGCAGCGUUCCAGCUGGCGUUCUGGCCGUACCGCGUGCCGUACCCCGUGCCCUUCCGCCUGCUGGGCGACGACGCCAAGGGCUGGCUCGACACCUCGUACCUGUCGCCCUCGGGCUCCCUGCGCAUCUCCCGCGGCAACAAGGGCACCACGUUUGUGCUGCGGCGCUUUGUGACGCCGCAGGAGCGCCUGCUGCAGGCCAUUCAGCGCAGGCAGCAAGGCAUCGAGCAGCUGCUAGCGCCAGUGGCGGCUCUGAACCCAACGCGCAACCCCGCCUCCUCCGACCUCCUGCCAGGCCGCUGGCGCCUCCUCUGGUCCUCGCAGACCAGCGAGGCCAACAGGGUGCAGCGGCUUACAGCGGGCUUCGCCAAGAACUUCCAGGUGGUGAGUGAGGAUGGGUCGCGCGUGGAGAACAUCGUGGAGCUGCUGCCCUCGCUCAUUCUCAGAGCCGCCGCCGAGGCAUAUGCGGUGGGCCCGGCGCGCACGGAGGUGUACAUCGACGCCACCACGCUGGAGCUGGGCGCGCUCAAGCUCAACCUGCCCAUCACCGGCCAGGGCUACAUCGACCAGCUGUACCUUGAUGAGACACUGCGAGUGAGCCGUGGUAAUGCUGGUAGCCUAUUUGUCCACGUUAGGGAUUUUUAG